AUGGCAAAUAUGUUAGUAUUACUUUUUAUACCAUUAAUUACUUUUGGAACCGAUGCCCUGAAAAUGUCUGUAUCCGAGCUUCGCAAUAUAGACACGCCUGAAUCUUGCCUAGAAGACCUCAUUUCCCUGCCUCCAGGUCUAGGAAAGGCAGUGUUAUAUCUAUCGCGUGCACUGCGGCGAGUUAUAUCCUGUACAGCUGUUGAUUUCUCGAACACAUCCUUUGGAAAUAAAGUCAAUUUUGCAACGUCGGACGGAAAAAUAAUGAUGGCGUCAGAAGAUGACAAGAACGGUAAUAGAUUUAAGGUUUAUACAUUUUUAGUGCGCGUGUAA